UUUAAUUGUUGAUAUAAAUCAUAUUAUUUCAAUAAUCUAAAUUAAAUCUAACCUUGGAUUUGGGAUUGAUCCCCGGGGGAUGUAACUUUCAGAGUAUAAAUAACUCUCGCAGUAAAAAAAAAGUGUUAUCGUACAAACAGUGUUAUCGUGACAGAAUGAAGCAGAGCAGUGGUGUUUCUGGGUGGAUCAUUCUACUGAUGGUAGUAGUGGUGCAGGAAAUGAAUGCUAUGAGUUAUGAAGAUAGAGGAAGAAAAUUGCAAAGUUUUCCGGGAAUAUGCAUGGAUUGUGGAUAUUUUAUUCCCAACAUGCACUGCGAUCUUUCGGUACCUUGCACCAAAUCCACUUGUAGAAAAGAAUGCGUUGAUGAUAGCCCAAAGGUCAGUGAUGAAAAUCGACCAUCUGAGUGCGACAUAUCUCAAAACAGAAAUCCGAUGGAGUAUGAAUGCUGGUGGGAUGAAGCAUGCGCUGACAACCAGCGUUGUUGCAUCACUGAUACCGGAAGUUAUUGUAGUUCUUAAAUGUCUAAUAACACUCUUUGAAUAAACUUCUGUUUUUUG